AGGAUAACGGACUUCCAAACGCGGUUGAGCUGGACCGGACCGGAAGGGGCCGCUGGGGCUGGACGGGCACAGCACGGCCGCUGAAACCUAGAAGAGCAAACCAAAGGGGGCUCUUGACCGUCAGGACUCGCUUGUGUGCCACACAGCAGAAGGAGUUCCAUGCACGCAAUAGGCAUUGAGGAGCAGCCCCACCGCUGAGCAGAGGCUCCACUGACUCAGGCACGAUGGCCACAUCAGCCCCGCUGCGGAGCCUGGAGGAGGAGGUGACCUGCUCCAUCUGCCUUGACUACCUGCGGGACCCCGUGACCAUUGACUGCGGCCACGUGUUCUGCCGCAGCUGUACCACCGAUGUGCGCCCCGUUUCGGGGGGCCGCCCUGUCUGCCCACUUUGCAAGAAGCCUUUCAAGAAGGAAAACAUCCGGCCUGUGUGGCAGCUGGCCAGCCUGGUGGAGAACAUCGAGAGGCUAAAGGUGGACAAGGCCAGGCAGCCGGGAGAUGUGGCCCGGGAGCAGCAGGAUGCAAAGCUGUGUGAGCGGCAUCAGGAGAAGCUGCACUACUACUGCGAAGACGACGGAAAGCUGUUGUGUGUGAUGUGCCGGGAGUCACGGGAGCACCGGCCGCACACGGCUGUCCUGGUGGAGAAGGCCGCCCAGCCCCACAGGGAAAAAAUACUGAACCACUUGAGUACUCUAAGGAGAGACAGAGACAAAAUUCAGGGCUUUCAGGUGAAAGGAGAAGCUGAUAUCCUGGCUGCGCUGACAAAGCUGCAGGAGCAGAGGCAGUACAUCGUGGCAGAAUUCAAGCAGGGCCACCAGUUCCUGAAGAAGCGGGAGCAGCAUCUGCUGGACCAGCUGGCCACCCUUGAGCAGCUGCUCACAGAGGGCAGGGAGAAGUUCAAGACCCGGGGUGUCGGGGAGCUCGCCCGGCUGGGUCUGGUCAUCUCUGAGCUGGAGGGCAAGGCCCAGCAGCCAGCUGCAGAGCUCAUGCAGGACACCAGAGACUUCGUGAACAGGUAUCCACGGAAGAAGUUCUGGCUUGGAAAACCCAUCCCUCACAUGGUUAAAAGAAAGACUGGAGAAUUCUCAGAUAAAGUCCUCUCACUGCAGCGAGGCCUGAGGGAAUUCCAGGGAAAGCUGCUGAGGGACUUGGAGUACAAGACAGUAAGCGUUACCCUGGACCCGCAGUCGGCCAGUGGCUUCCUGCAGCUGUCGGAGGACUGGACGCGUGUGACCUACAGCAGCCUGUACCAGGGUACCUACCUGUACCCCCAGCAGUUUGACUGUGAGCCAGCUGUGCUGGGCAGCAAGGGCUUCACCUGGGGCAAGGUGUACUGGGAAGUAGAGGUGGAGAGGGAGGGCUGGUCUGAAGAUGAGGAGGAGGGGGACGAGGAGGAGGAGGGGGACGAGGAGGAGGAGGAAGAGGAGGCUGGUUAUGGGGACGGCUAUGAAGACUGGGAAACGGAUGAGGAUGAGGAAUCUCUGGGGGAGGAAGAGGAGGAGGAAGAGGAGGAGGAAGAGGAAGUUCUGGAGAGCUGCCUGGUGGGGGUGGCCAGAGACUCUGUGAAGAGGAAGGGAGACCUCUCCCUGCGGCCGGAGGAUGGGGUGUGGGCGCUGCGCCUCUCCUCCUCCAGCAUCUGGGCCAACACCAGUCCCGAGAUCGAGCUCUUCCCCACUCUGCGGCCCCGGAGGGUGGGCAUCGCCCUGGAUUACGAGGCGGGCACCGUGAGUUUCACCAACGCAGAGUCGCAGGAACUCAUUUACACCUUCUCUGCCACCUUCACGGGGCGCCUGGUCCCCUUCCUGUGGCUCAGGUGGCCGGGAACACGCCUCCUGUUGAGACCCUGAGCCCCGCCGUGGAUGCUUCGUUUCUGGGGAAUCCAGGACUGGCGGGGAAAGGUGCCUGGCAGAGCGCGUGGAGCAGGGAGAGGCGGACCCUGUGCCCUGCACCCACUGCCCCGCUGGUGGCCCCAGGCCUCUGCGCUGCUCCAGUCAGCUCCUGUCCCUCCUGUGGUUUCCUGUGGGACCUCCUGACCUUGAAGUCCAUGAGGACUCGUCUUCCCUUUGGUCCUCUCUGCUGUUGAGAGGGGCUGAGCAGCAUUUCCUGGCCCAGGGCAGUCCCUGUGCCGGCCGGUCUUGGGGAGGACGUGGAUUACACCCGGUACCAUUUUGAUGUCCUCAAGCCCCACAGGUUCUCCUUGCCCAAAUUCUCUGCCGCCUGCCUUCUCUGGCAUUUUAAGCAGACGUGCUCCCACUCCAGCUCGGAAUUAAAGAUUCAUAAAAUGUGGAAAUAUGCAACAACAACAACAAAAAAGUGGAAAUAUGCUGAAUCAGAGUCCACUUUGGCAUGGGCACAGCUGCCAGGAGCACUCCUGGGAAUCACGUCCUCCUGGGGCUUGGGCUCAGCAGUUUGGUUUCUGUAGUUGGGGACGCCUGGAGCCAACUGUGUUCUUGCAGAGCUGUGUUCUUGAGCACAGCAUGUGUGACCACAGUGGUCAUUGAGGAGACGUUACCCUGUGGCUGGUCCUGUGAGGGGAUCUUUAAGAGUACAGGACGUUUGGCUUUCUACCCAUGAUCUGUCCAGGGCAAGCGCCAGGAGAGCGCAGCCUCCCCCACCGCAGGGACUCUGCCCAGCUGCUUCAGAGGCGUGGAGCUUGGCGCUGGUCCUGUUCAGGCUCAGGCUCACUUCCUGGGACAGCAGCAGAGAAGAGAAGACGGGGCUGGGCCGGGAGAGGGAAGGGAGGCAGAGGGGUCUGCCGCUUAGCUGUUCUCCUUCAGGCUCAGCCGGCCCAAGCCCCAGUCCUUUGUUCAGGGGCCCCUG